GUCCCUCUCAGUCGCGGCGGUGGCAUCCUGCUGCUCGCAACACGCGUCUCGGCCCGAUUUGAAAAGCGGUCGUGGCCGCCGCUGCUUGCUUCCGCGCCGGUUUUUAAUCGGAUCGCAUAUUUCCGGCGUGGGCGAGGGUAUACUUUACAGCCGCCGCAUCUCCGUAAGUUUCUCCGCAGAUUAAUAUGAAUAUUAUUCCGAUACUCCGAUCGCAUCGCGUUUGUCAAUUCAAGGUGUGACAGGAAAUUCUAGAAAUUUAAUAAUUAAGAAGAAAACGAUGGAACUUCUCUUUCUCUUUAUUUAAAUCUUAGAGCAGCGGUAAGUCGUGCCGAUUAAAACUGAAUUAUUGAAUUAUAAAAAGAAAAAAAUAAUCAACAAUAAACCGAAUGGUGAGAAAGGAAGAGACUAUUAAAACUAUGUCUUGUGUCGUCUGUGAGUGAAUUCGUGCGGAUUCGAUUUUGUGGUUCCUGGUGGUUUAUGGUUGCUGGAGCGAAGUAUAACGCGCGCGCGACGUUUUUCGUCGUGAAAGGCGACAGCACCACGUGCGUGGACGGAAACAGUGUGGGUGGCAUUGACGAAAAGAACAGUUGGUGAUGUUCUAAAAAAUUAUCGCAGGCAGAUUAUCGCAUUUCAAUUGCAUAAUUUCUACGAGAUCACUGGCACGAUAUGGCGAUUAUCUUCAACUUGAAGCAAAAAUUUGAUAUGCUCUACAUCUUGAAGAAAGUCUUUCCAUUUUAGCAGCGGUCGGAACAAUGGGAUUGCCCAAAGGAUAUCCUCUAUCAGGAUUUAUUACUAUACCUGAAUCGGCAAUCGUUGGCGCCAUGUCAAGGAUGAAUCCGACCGAGGACCCAGGGACCCCUAAAGAGAGCAAAUGGGAGAGGUGACGUACCCAGUGAUGCGGAAACGGCGUGGACUGGGCAGCGCCUUUCUGGGCCUCUUCGUAGGCCUGAUCCUUGGUUUUUUGAUCCUCAGCUACCGCCUGACUCUCUCUAAUCAACAACAACAAUUCGCCAUCUGGACCUCCAUGCCUGGUUUACGAUCACCGCCAAAAGCAUCGGUUCGAAACAUGCCGAGAUUAAAAGACGACGAACGAAUCAACAGCUCCACUUCGAGUCUCUUGUUCGUUGGCGUGAUGACGGCUCAAAAGUACUUGGACACGCGAGCCAAGGCCGUCUAUGAAACCUGGGGCAAGGAUUUGCCCGGCAAGAUAGCCUUCUUCUCGUCGGAAUCCUCGACGGUACCUGAAAACUGCCCCGAUUUACCUUUGGUGCCGCUUCCACGAGUGGAUGACACUUAUCCGCCGCAGAAGAAAUCUUUCAUGAUGUUGGAGUACAUGUGGAACAACUUCGGCGAUCGCUUCGAGUGGUUCUUGAGAGCAGACGACGAUGUAUAUGUAAGGACAGAUCGGUUGGAGAAGCUGCUGAGAUCCGUCGAUUCUAGAAGGGCGAUGUACAUCGGACAAGCCGGCAGAGGCAAUUCGGAAGAAUUCGGGCUGCUGUCGUUGGAGUACGAUGAGAAUUUCUGUAUGGGUGGUCCUGGAGUAGUAUUGUCCAGAGAGACGCUCGGGAGGAUCGUACCGCACAUCAAGUACUGCCUGCGCCAUUUGUACACCACACACGAGGACGUCGAGCUAGGCAGAUGCGUGAAAAAAUAUGCGGGGAUUCCCUGUACUUGGAGUUACGAGAUGCAGUCCAUUCUUUAUCACAAUAGCAGCGGGGCUCAGGCGUUUACCGGAAAUCUCAAGAAAAAGGAAGUUCACCGUGCCAUUACUUUGCAUCCUGUGAAAAGUCCGCCUCACAUGUACAGGCUGCACAAUUAUAUAAGGGGACUGCGAAUACAAGACCUGCAACAAGAGAGGAUUCAUCUGCAUAGAGAUAUUCAUACAAUGGCUCAGGAAUUGGGAGUGAACCUUGAAACUUUAAGGAAUUACGAAAUAGCGGAUGGUGUACGUCUUUUUCCGGUUGAUCCUAAUUCCGAAGAUUACCCCGGCGACACGGACAUACUAGGUGUGCCAGCGAGUUUACGUUCGUUCAAACCGACGACGAGCGACGAAGUGAUUCCGUGGGACUUUCUUUCGAGGCUGGAAUACAGUUUGAUCGAUUCCAAUCCAAGGCGACGUAUUCAUAGCGACAUCAAAGAGGGUCUGGAAGACAUCACGAGGGAGGUCAUGGCCUCCAUUAAUUCUUAUUCGCGGCAGCGCGGUCGCGUUGUUGAGGAACGAUCGGCCCUUUAUGGAUACAGAAGGGUGAACUCUUACGGGGCCGACACUAUAUUAGAUCUUCUAUUAGUCUAUCGAAAGUACCGGGGUAGGAAAGUCACUCUUCCCGUCAGACGACACGUUUAUCUUCAUCAACAUUUUACUGGAUUAGAGAUACGCGAGACAGUAAAUGGCGUCGAGAUCCAGUCUCGUCAGAAAUCAGAUGACAAACCUAUUCACAGUUUAUUUCAUGGUGGUUUUCUAAAUCUCAAUUUCAACUCAGAGGAAGAAGAUUCAGUACGAGGCAAGAUCAUCAACUUUAUCAUACCUCUAUCAGGCCGCUACGAAAUCUUUCAAAGGUUUCUUCAGAAUUACGAAGAUAUCUGUUUGACCAGCGAUGAGAAGACGUCUCUGCUCGUCGUGCUCUACCAGCACAAAAGUGAAAAUUCUUUCAACAAAACAAUAGAUCUGAUCGAGCAGCUUAAGUACAAAUAUCGCACUGCCAGCAUAGAGGUUCUACCAAUUUCUGGGGACUUUUCCAGAGCCAGAGCCUUAGAUUUGGGUGCAUCAAAACUACAGGCCGAUGAUCUGAUGUUGUUCAUCGACGUGGACAUCGUGUUCACGAGUUCGGCUUUGAACAGGAUACGGCUGAAUACUCUACCAGGCCAGAGAAUGUACUUUCCAAUUGUUUUCAGCCAAUAUGAUCCUAAGGUUGUCUACGGCGAUGCCGGGAAACAGGACAAGUUUACUAUAAACGAGAUCUCCGGACACUGGAGGCAAUACGGUUUCGGGAUCGUCUCUCUGUAUAAGAGAGAUUAUCGUGCCCUGGGCGGUCUGGAUCUCUCGAUUCAGGGAUGGGGUAAGGAGGACGUGGAAUUCUUUGAAAAGGCGGUAAAAUCGGACCUCGACGUCUUCAGAGCGGCGGACAGGCAUUUGGUGCACGUGUAUCACGAAAUAGAAUGUAGCCGGGAGCUUUCUAGCCUCCAGUUGUCCAUGUGCAUUGGAUCCAAGACUGACACAUAUGCCGGAGUCGAGACUUUGGCUAGUAUGAUUUACGCUGAUCCGAACAUAUUGCGCUUUGCCAAAGAGAGGAGACAAAAGAGGACCAAUCCUGCUGGUUAAUCGACGAAUGUGUGAAACAAAAGUGAUAAAUGAAAAUCUGUGAAAUGGGCUGUCGAAAAUGAUAUUGUUCUGAAAAACAGUUUAAUUUUCCUAGAAAUUAUAAGGGAUCCGUGAAUAAUAUACACCCCAUCAAGAUAAAAAUUAUUUUUCUUGUUACGCUUUGUGGCUUUAAUCAUGGGGUAUAUUAUAAUGUGUCGAUGAAUGGAUUAUCGGACGCUCUGAACCUCGGUGCCAGAAUAUUUCAUCAUUAUUUAAGCGUUGUAAAUAGAGAGUGCGAGAUGAACAAAUAAAAAUUAAUACAAUCUAAUGUUUCACUGUAUGGCAAAAUGUAUAUAAUGUAUCAAAGCUUUGAUUGAGAACACAUUUUUCAAGGUUUUGAUUGUGAAACAAAGAUAUUACGCGCAAUGAUCUUCGGAAAGAAUAGAUCUGGAAGAGUCAAUGAAAAUCACCAAAGUCACUGUAGACAUGUUAGUAGAUUUUUAUGUGUGCAAAAACAGUUUUCUCAUUUUCGUUGUUAGUUUAUGUAACAUGAUAUUAUUCUUACCGUCAAGUGAUCUUUUUUAUCGAGAAGCUGAGAAUAAAUCGAUAUCGUAUACUUUUAUAGUUGCAAUUGCCAAUACUUUUAUAGGAAUCAAACGUAAUCACACACACACACAUUUUACAAAAUCAUCAGCUUAGAAAGUAAGUUUAAAUAUUAUAAAUAAAUGUGAUAUUAUCGUGCCUUUUACAAUUUUUUUUUUUCGUAAAUUUAUGUAUUAUUAAUCUGUAAAUGCAGAUACUUUGAAUUGUCAAUGUGCUGUAUUUUAUAUAUUCACAGGUAAAAGACUCUGCAAUAGUCAGAAUAUAAUACUCAUGCUUUACUGAACAAAAUUCUUAUGUUAAGUAAUAACAUCAUUAAUAUUCAUGUCACUCUUCCAAAAUAAAAUAUUAUAUAUAAAUACGUAAUUGACGAUAUUUUUUUACAUGAUAUUAAUUUCAAACGAAAAUUCAAUUAUUUAAUUUGUUUAUAUGAAUAUAAUGAGAUACAGAUAUCAAUGAAUUUUACUUUAAAUAAAUUAAGAGUAAUUAAAUAUUUAAUGUAUGAUGAAUUAAAUAUUUAAGGCUCUCUUAACGUGCAUAAAUGUAAAGUUCGAGAAGAAAUACUGAGAGAUUUGCUAGUAUGUUAUCAGAAUAUUGACUAUGACGGACUGCUGAAGUUGCAUCUUUUUUGCGUUCUCCAUUUUUUCUUGUAACAGUAUAAAUAUCAUGAAAACAUCUAAUACGUAGUUAAUAUUCUAGAUAUUCUAGUUAAUAUUCCAUGAAUAAAUUUUGUGGUCUUUUAUCUUUUCAAAAAUAAAAUAUAUAAAAGAAGUGUGCAUGUUUACUCUUAUUAAAUUGCUGUUUAUUUCAAAACGUUUGUCUAAAAAUGUCUAGAGAUUAUAAUUUUCGAGGAACUUUGUAAUCAAAAGGAGGUCAAACUUUACUUAGAAAACUUCGCAAGAAAACAAAGUUAGAAAAGAAUUCAUCUCGUUUUAGCUUGACACAAAGAAACGAUAACUUAUCGAGCUUUCGAGUAGUGCUUGAAAAAAAA